AUGCGCAGUCCUCAGGCCGAAUCCCCGGCGUUACAGCUGGCGGAGGCGGCCAAUCGCGGGCCCAGGGGGCGGGGCCGUGUCACGUGGCGCGCGGGGGUGGGCGUGGUGCCGGCGGUAGCCUGGCACGCGGCGGGCCUCGAGACCGCGCGGGGUCGGGUCCGCUGGAAAGGUCUGGUGGUAAAUCUCAGAACCCCAGGGGGAAAUCAGCGUCAUGAACUUGAAGGACCACAGGCCAGUGGUCCUGAGGCCCCCGGGAAUGAUGCUGCUGAGCUCUGGAGGCAGAAAUGCGAGCUGCGGAGCAAAUUCGUGCAGACCAGCAACAGUGAACAGCAAGAUCGAAACAGAGUUUCUGAAGAACUUAUAAUGGUUGUCCAAGAAAUGAAAAAAUGCUUCCCAUCGGAAAGACAUGGUAAACCAAGCACACUGGAUGCUCUUAACUAUGCCCUUCGCUGUGUACACAGUGUACAAGCAAACAGUGAGUCUUUCCAGAUUCCCAGUCAGAACAGAGCACCUCAAGCUGAUGUGACCUUGUGCAGUCUGGAGGAGCUGGCCACUAUUGCUUCAGAGCACACUUCCAAAAACACAGGCCGUCCUUUCCUGGGUUACCUACCUCAGGACCUGAUCGGGACAUCCAUCCUAGCGUACCUGCACCCGGAAGAUCGCUCUCUGAUGCUUGCCGUGCACCAAAAAGUCUUGAAGUAUGCUGGCUAUCCUCCCUUUGAACACCUGCCCAUUAGAUUUUGUUCUCAAAAUGGGGAUUACAUCAUACUGGACUCCAGUUGGUCCAGCUUCGUGAACCCAUGGAGCCGGAAGGUUUCUUUCAUCAUCGGUCGCCAUAAAGUGCGAACGAGUCCACUAAACAAGGAUGUUUUUGCCACCAGAGUAAAAAAGAUGACCAGUGAUGACAAAGACAUCACAGAAAUACAAGAACAAAUUCAGAAACUUCUCUUACAGCCUAUUCACGGGACAAUGUCCAGCGGCUACGGGAGCCUGGGGAGCAGCAGGUCACAGGAGCCUCAGGUCAGCCUCGUGUCCUCCAGUGAGUCUAGCAGGCCACGGCAUGGAUGAGGUGCCGAAGGCACCGGUGAGCAGUUGACUUUGCAGCAGAUCUGUGCCAGUGUGAACAAGAUCAAGAAUCUAGGUCAGCAGCUCUGCAUCAAGUUGAGGGCCAAGUCAGCAAACAGGCCCAUGUCGGGAGCCCGCUCAGGACGGCCUGGGGAUGAGCAGGAUACCUGCUCUUCCUUCCAGACAGUGAAAAAUAAUAGCAUAUACACUGAGUCCUGUGAGGAUUUGAGAAAGGAUCAGCAUAGCCCAUCCUAUCAGCAGAUAAACUGUAUUGAUAGUGUUAUCAGGUACCUGAAGAGCUACCACCUCCCAGCUUUGAAGAGGAAGUGUAUCUCCUCUGCAAAUACAACUUCCUCAUCCUCAGAAGAGGACAGACAAAGCCACAGAGCAGAUGACGUCCAGGCACUGCAAGCUGUUUCCCAGAUCUCAGCUGUACCUGCAUCAGAAAUUCCCACUAAUGGACAGUCCACAGACGCUGAAGGAGGAGCUCCAUGGACCCUGAGCACAGCGACUCUGAGCCUGGACACAAGCCAGUGCAGCUCCAGCAGUGUCCUUGUCGACAUCCCGCCACCAGACUCAGUUCAAGUUGGCAACUCACAGAAGCUCCCUGAUUAUUCUUCAGAAAUCUCUCAAAAUGGGCAGCAAUCUCAGGACAUACAGAAAAAAGAAACAUUUCCUAAGUUAGCUGAAGAGUCCAUCUGGAGAAUGAUAAAGCAGACACCUGACUGCAUUCUAAUGACGUAUCAGGUGCCUGAGAGGGUUAAAGAAGUUGUACUGAAAGAAGACCUAGAGGAGCUGGAAAGCAUGAGACGGCAGCAGCCACAGUUUUCUCUAGGGCAGACGGAGGAGAUAGCCAACGUGCAUUCCUGAAUUCGGCGCCGGACGAUCCCUCAGGAAAUAGACACCCAGGGGAUUGGUUUCAGGACUCCCGGCGGCUUCCAAAAUCCACGAAUGUUCAAGCCCCUCAUGUGA